CCCACCCCAGCUCGAGGGCCUAGCUUUCGCUCUGCUUUAUGUUCUCUGGACUUGUUAUUGACCAGAAUUGACGCCGGGAGAAAGGCUGAAGCGUUCCCUGCGGAUUCUCCCAGACCGAAGUGGGAAGUAUGGCAGCAUGCGGGGAGAAAUGAUGCUGUGAAAGAGCCGGGAGUUCUACAUCUUGAUCUGCAGCAUGUUUGGAGUGAUCCAGAAAAAGGAACAUUUUAAUGAGGUAUUUUUAAAUUACUUCAAGGAAAAUAAAGUAGAAAUAGCCCAUGCAAUCACCAAGCUGUUUCCUUUCCUAGAAAGCCUAAGGGACCGCUCCUUCAUCACAGACAAAAUCUAUGCUGAUUCUUACGAAGCCUGUGGGAACUCGAUUCCUGUAGAGAAAGUGGUGUACAACGUUCUCAGUCACCUGGAGAAGUUACCUGACCCAUCAUUUCUAUGGGCUCUGUUUAACAGGGUGAACCUGAAGGAAUAUCCUGCUUUAAGAGAGAUUUAUAAAAGCUUGGAAACUGAGCUACAGGACAGAUACUCUCCCCAGAGAAGAAAACAGGAAGAACAAAAACUUGCCACCAUGCAGCCAAGCUAUGAGCAAGGGACAAACCUACACACACAUGAAAACUGGGCAAAGUCCUGUUUUGUGAAACAAGAGAACCUACGGGAGCCAGAGACACCGCAGAACCAGGUGGAUGAAGUCAUUGUGAUCAGCAGUGAGAGCUCCGAAUGCAGUGAUGAGGACAAGUAGGACCAAGCCCUGGGAACCGGGACUCAGGAGGCAGAUGGACGAGAGGGUGUGGACUCUGUCCCCUGGGCUCCAGAAUGCAGGGCUUCCCUCAGGAGCUUACACCUCAUGUGUCCCGACUGACCACUCUUGGAGGACAUAGUGGCGUCCAGAUGCUCAGUCUCUGCACCUUACGUUUUCUGACCCUUGUGAAGAUGUGGAGAGAGUAACAAGGUCCUGGACCUUAGCGCAGCUGACUCCAUGAUGAAGAACCAAUCGGGCUGUGAAACUGAGUGUGUGGGCAGCACCACCUGCCAGAAUAAAAACAAAAAUCUAAUCCUGGGCUGGAGAGAUGGCUCAGUGGCACUGACUGCUCUUCCAGAGAUCCUGAGUUCAAUCCCCAGCUACCUCAUGGUGGUUCACAACCAUCUGUGAUGAGAUCUGAUGCCCUCUUCUGGUGUGUCUGAAGACAGUUACAGUGUAUUUAUAUAUAAUAAAUAAAUAAAUCUUUUUUUUU